AUGCUGAAGUGGCUGGUCCUGUUGACCAUCUUGGCGCUGGUCAGCGCUGAGAUCCACCGCAUCAAGAUCCACAAGAACCAGGAUCACAAGAACACCCGCCAGCAUCGCAAGCAGGCCAUCCAGGCCCUGAAGCAGAAGUACAACCAGCAGGAUGUGAUCAUCUACGACGAUGGAGUUCCGAUCUACGUGCAGCCCGACUACGGAUACGAUUAUCCCAGCCAGAACUCGGAUGACUACACAUCCGAGGAGCUGGGCAACUCGAUGAACAUGUACUACUACGGCCUGAUCGGCAUCGGCACUCCGGAGCAGUACUUCAAGGUGGUCUUCGACACGGGCUCGGCCAACCUGUGGGUGCCAUCUGCCCAGUGCCUGGCCACGGACGUGGCCUGCCAGCAGCACAACCAGUACAACUCCAGUGCCUCCUCCACCUUCGUGUCCAGCGGCCAGAACUUCUCCAUCCAGUACGGAACUGGCAGUGUCUCCGGCUAUCUGGCCAUCGACACGGUGACCAUCAACGGCCUGGCCAUCGCGAACCAGACCUUCGGCGAGGCGCUUUCCCAGCCGGGUGAUAGCUUCACCGACGUGGCGUUCGAUGGCAUCCUGGGCAUGGGCUACCAGCAGAUCGCCGAGGACAACGUGGUGCCGCCGUUCUACAAUCUCUACGAGGAGGGCCUCAUCGACGAGCCCGUCUUCGGUUUCUACCUGGCCCGCAAUGGCUCCGCCGUGGAGGGUGGCCAGCUGACCCUGGGCGGCACUGACCAGGACCUCAUCGCCGGUGAGAUGACCUACACACCCGUCACCGCGGAGGGCUACUGGCAGUUCGCCGUGAACAACAUCACCUGGAACGGCACCGUGAUCUCGAGCGGUUGCCAGGCCAUCGCCGAUACUGGCACCUCCCUGAUCGCCGCUCCCUCGGCAGCGUACACCCAGCUGAACAACCUGAUUGGAGGCGUGCUCAUCCAGGGCGACUACUACGUGCCCUGCUCCACCGUUGCCUCCCUGCCCGUGCUGACCAUCAACAUCGGUGGCACCGACUUCUACCUGCCCCCCUCGGUGUACAUCCAAACCUACACCGAGGCCAACUACACCACCUGCAUGUCCACCUUCACCGACAUCGGCACGGGCUUCUGGAUCCUGGGCGACGUCUUCCUGGGCCAGUACUACUCCGAGUUCGAUUUCGGCCAGAACCGCGUGGGCUUCGCCACUCUGGCUUAGGUCUUCAACGAACGAUCAAACGACUUGCUUCCUAGGUUUACAAUACUUAUAAAAAUACAAAAAAAU